AUGGUUAGGAGAAGAGUCAUCAAGGACCAGGAUGAUACUGUUGAUUCUGACAGUAAUUUUGCUGAUUAUGUCCUAUCUUCAUCUAUGAGUUUGAUACCCAAUUCUUCAUGUGCAGUUUCUAAUCCAGAGAUAAAAUCUAUGGAAGGGAAGGAGAACUUGUAUGAUGAGAAUAGGAUACUUUUGAGAAAUACUGAUGCUAGAUCAACUGUUACGAACAAUGGAUUAUUUGGAUGCAAACGAAGAGGAAGAGCUAUUGCUUUACAAGAGAUGACUAAUAUGGCUUCUAACCUUGAAUUCAGCUUUCAAGAGUUAUCUAAAUCUGGUGAUAUACAAUCGAACGGCACAAGUGGUAAGAAGGCUCGGAAGAGGUUAUCAUGUGUCAAGAAUGAUAAGUUCCCAAUUAAAGGUGCUGCUAGAAGUAGCAAGAGGAGUUCAUUUUUUUCUUCGGAAGAAUUAAUGCAUCAAUUCUCUGAAAUGGGACGCUCUCAUAAUACAUUUAGACCAGAGAGUGUUAAUGGUUCUCAGCAUUAUGAUUUAGUGUCAGGACCAAUAGAUUUGCGGUACAAUGAUGUACAUUUUGCAUAUAAUGGGAACCAUAGCAUUGAUAGUGAAAGUGAUGGUAAUUUGUCAGAUCAGUCUGAAGUUGAUGAAUCAGGUGGUAUGCAUUUCAUAUCUAACAUGGUGCAUAUUUCUAGUGAGGAUAAUUCUUCCAACCCCCAUUCAUUAGUCGAUUACAUAGAUGAGGGUGAUCCAACUUAUAGAUGUCAAUCAUGUGGUGCUAUGAUGUGGUUCAAUGAGAAAGUUGGGAAUUGCAAAUCAAUAAUGACUCCUAGAUUUUCAAUGUGUUGUUUGAAUGGAAAAGUUCAGCUUCCAUUGAUAACUCCACCUCCUGAAUUGUUCAUCAAGUUAUUCUUUGACAAAACAUCAGCUGAAUCAAAGAAUUUCCAUUUGAAUGUGAGGUCUUACAAUAACAUGUUUUCUUUUACUUCAAUGGGAGGCAAGAUUGAUCAUUCAAUGAAUCGUGGAGGCAGUCCAUACACCUUUGUUCUUUCUGGUUUGAACUAUCAUAAGAUUGGCAGUUUGUUACCUCCAGAAGGUGCAAAGCCUGUGUAUUCUCAGCUAUAUAUAUAUGAUACUGAGAAUGAAGUUUCAAAUAGAAUAUCUGCCGUCAGCAAGCAUAUAAAGGAGAGCACUAUUGAUCCUCACAUUGUUGACAAAAUAAAAGAUGUUCUUGAUGAGGUUAAUCCACUUGUCAAACAAUAUCGGUUGGCGUCUUCAAUGAUAAAUGUGCCACAACAUUCUGAGUUGAAGUUAUGCUUAAUCAGUACCAGAAAUCAAGAUGGGUGUAAUUAUAACUUGCCAUCUGCAUCUGAGGUUGCAGCUUUAAUAGUUGGUGACAUUGAUAGGAAUUUUAGUAGAAGAGAUGUAAUUGUUCAUGAAUUGUCAGGUUCACCUCAACGUAUAGAUGAGCUGCAUCCAUCAUAUCUCCCGCUUCAAUAUCCGAUUUUGUUUCCAAGAGGUGAGGAUGGUUAUAGAGAUGAUGUUGAACAUCGUGCAGAGACUCUUAGUAGAACCAGAAAGAAGAAAAUGCUUAGCAUGAGGGAGUAUUUUGCAUAUAGACUGAUGUCAAGGGAAAAUGAAAUGUCAGUAUUGCUACAUGCAGGAAAACUAUUCCAACAAUUUAUUGUUGAUGGAUACACAAUGAUUGAAUCACAACGAUUAUUAUGGGUGAGGACACACCAGAAGGAACUAAGGGCUGAUUUAUAUCAAGGGUUAACAGAUGCGUUAUUAAGUGGGGAAAGGAAUGCUUCAUCAGUUGGGAAACGUGUCAUAGUGCCUUCAUCAUUUACUGGGGGCGCACGAUAUAUGCUUGGAAAUUAUAAAGAUGCCAUGGCUCUUUGUAGAUAUUUUGGAUACCCAAGCAUUUUCAUUACAUUUACAUGUAAUCCAGCAUGGCCUGAAAUAACAAGGUAUUGUGAGGGUAAUUCUUUAUUAUCAUCCAAUAGGCCAGAUAUUUUGUCACGAGUAUUUCAUAUGAAGUUGAAAGCCUUGAUGUCAACAAUUAAGAAGAAGAAGAUAUUUGGCAGAGUUUGUGCAGAUGUAUACACCGUAGAAUUUCAAAAAAGGGGGUUACCUCAUGCACACAUUCUGUUGUUUCUUGAUAAAAAUGAUAGACCUAAAGAUGCAAAUGAUGUUGACAAAGUUAUAUCUGCAGAGAUACCGGAUGAGGAACAAGAUCCUGUUUUGUUUGAACUAGUGGAAAAGUUUAUGGUACAUGGACCAUGUGGUCAUUUGAAUAGGAAAUCACCUUGCAUGAAAGAUAAUAAGUGCAGCAAGUAUUUUCCUAAAAGAUUUGUUGACAACACAAGCAUUGAUGAUGACGGUUAUCCAACGUACAGGAGAAGAAAUGAUGGGAGAACUGUAGAAAUAAGAGGUAUUCGUUUGGAUAAUCGCUUUGUUGUUCCGUAUAACCCAUCUUUGUUGCGGCAAUUCCAAGCUCAUAUCAACGUUGAGAAGUGUAAUCAAUCUUCUGCUAUUAAGUACUUAUUUAAGUACAUUAGCAAGGGUAAUGAUCGUGUGGUGGCCUCUAUUUAUGAUACUUCACAACAUCACAAUGGUGAACUAUCGUUUGAUGAGAUUCAACAAUAUUACAACUUCCGAUAUAUUUCUGCAUGUGAAGCUGCUUGGAGGAUUUUUGCCUUUGAAAUUCAUCAUAGGUAUCCCGCUGUUGAAAGGUUGAGUUUCCACUUGCCUAAUCAACAAUAUGUUAUAUAUUCUACUGGUGAUGAUGUAUCUGAACUUGUAGAUAAACCAAGGGUGUGUGAAUCAAUGUUCCUUGCAUGGAUGGAAAUAAAUGUACAUGAUGUGUUUGCUAAAACAUUGACUUACUCUGAAUUUCCUCAUCAUUAUGUGUAUAUUAGAACUAAACGAGCUUGGAAGCGAAGGGAAAAGGGGUUUGCAAUUGGAAGGAUUACUCAUACUCCACCUUCUUCUGGAGAACUCUACUACCUUCGUAUUCUAAUUACUAAGGUUAGAGGUCCAACUUCAUAUGAGGAUAUUAGAACUGUGAAUGGUGUUCUUUAUCCCAGUUUCCGAGCUGCAUGUUAUGCCCUUGGAUUGCUAGAUGAUGAUAAUGAAUACAUAAAUGGCAUCAAGGAGGCAUCAUUAUGGGCUUCAGGUAUAUCUAUUUCAGAUACCAUGAAAGAACAAGAAGCGCUGAAAGAGAUUGAAUUAUUGCUUCAACAGAAUGGCAAGAGUCUUAUUAACUUCCUAUCGCUUCCUUGUCCUCCGAAAUGCGUAAACCUGGAUGUAAGAAAUCAUUUGAUCUUACAAGAAUUGAAUUAUGAUCGUGAUGUGUUAUUAGAUGAGUCAAGCAGGCUUAUGAAUCUGUUGAAUAUGGAGCAAAGAAAUGUUUUUGAAGUAGUGAUGUCUUCAAUUAAUUCUAAAACUGGAGCAUUUUUCUUUGUAUAUGGGUACGGAGGGACAGGAAAGACAUUUCUGUGGAAUGCAUUAACAUCAACAAUUCGUGCUAGAGGUGAUAUUGUCUUAACAGUUGCAUCUAGUGGCAUAGCUGCUACUCUAUUACCAUCCGAAAGAACAGCUCACUCAAGGUUUGCAAUCCCUAUACAAGUCAAUGAAGAUUCUGUUUGUAAUAUCAAACAGAAUUCACCUUUGGCUAAUCUUAUUAUAGCUACAAAGUUGAUUAUAUGGGAUGAAGCUCCGAUGGUUUAG